UAAUUUUCCAUGCGUUAUAAAGCGACAUCAUUUCUUCUUUUUCUCCUCGACAUCAUUUUUAUAUUAUUUUCAUUCGUAAAGUAAUAACAACGAAACGGACUGAAACAGAAAGGAAUAUAGAAAGAAGCGACGCACAAGACAGAACGGAACGGAACGGAACGAAACGAAACGCAUCAGUAUUGAAAUCAAGAUGGUGCUGGAAAGUACGAUGAUAUGUGUUGACAACAGCGAUUACAUGAGAAAUGGAGAUUUUUUACCGACGCGACUUCAAGCACAACAGGAUGCCGUUAAUUUGGUUUGUCACUCAAAGACACGUUCGAAUCCAGAGAACAACGUUGGUUUAAUAACGCUGGCCAACGUCGAAGUAUUAGCUACAUUGACCAGCGACGUAGGCAGAAUUCUAUCAAAACUUCAUCAAGUACAACCAAAUGGUAAUCUCAGUUUAAUCACCGGAAUACGAAUUGCACACCUGGCAUUAAAACAUCGUCAAGGUAAAAAUCACAAAAUGCGCAUUGUUGCUUUCAUCGGUAGCCCAAUAAAUGUAGACGAAGAAGAGCUAGUUAAAUUAGCAAAACGUUUGAAGAAAGAGAAAGUUUGCGUCGACGUGGUUAGCUUUGGCGAAGAUAGUGUUAAUAACGAAGUAUUGACAACCUUUAUCAAUACUCUCAAUGGAAAGGAUGGUACAGGCUGUUUCAUGAUCACUAUUCCACCUGGGCCGCAUUUAUCAGAUGCAUUGAUUGCUUCUCCCAUAAUACAAGGAGAUGAUGGAAUGGGUGGCACAGGUGUUGGGAGAGCUGCCUUUGAAUUCGGGGUUGAUCCAAACGAAGAUCCAGAAUUGGCAUUGGCACUACGUGUUUCAAUGGAAGAACAACGUCAGCGUCAAGAGGAUGAAGCACGACGUGCACAAGCAACCGAGGUGACUACAAACAAACGAUCGGAAACGGUGAAAGCGACGCCCAAUGAAGAAGCGAUGUUAAAACGUGCGCUUUCUAUGUCGGUCGAAGGUAACGAAGAUUCGUCUUCGACGUCUGAGAAUACUACGCCCACUAGUGGAACCGUGCCUGAUUUUGCCCGUAUGACAGAAGAAGAGCAAAUCGCGUUUGCCAUGCAGAUGUCCAUGCAAGAUCAACAAGAACUCGAGACCCUGAAGGAAUUAGCCAUGGAAGUCGAAGUGGAUUACGCCGCUGUAAUGUCUGACCCAGCUUUUCUGCAAUCAGUUUUAGAAAAUUUACCUGGUGUUGAUCCUCAUUCUGAAGCCGUCCGUCAAGCCGUUGGAUCUCUCCAACAAAAUAAGGACAAAGACAAGGAAAAGGAGAAGGAGAAGGAAAAGGAAAAAGAUAAAGACAAGGAGAAAGAAAAGGAGAAGGAAACAGACAAGGAUAAGGAAAAGAAAUGAAAAAUUUGUGCUCCUUGGAUAUAUAACUAUAUAUUAAUCCCUGUUUUGUGAAUACAUGUAUACCAAAUAUAAAUUUUCGAUUUUUAAAAACUUCA